AUGGCCGACGUCCCCCUCAUCGUCAUCUCCGAGUUUGCGCAGGCCGAACGCCGCAUCACCCCAUCAUGGUCCAUUAGCCAGCUGAAAUCUAAGCUGGAGACUGUCACCGGCAUCCCACCCUCCUGCCAGACUCUCUCGCUCAAGACGCCGGGCGCCGAAGCCAUCUCCCUCGAGGCGGCUAACGAGGAUGGCACCCACUUGUCCAACUAUCCCUUGGUCCCAUAUGCGGAGCUGCAUGUGAUUGACACACGUCCUGCAGCUGCUCGGCCUAACUUCAACGAUACUUCGGGUGUUGACAAAUACGUCAUGCCCGAGGAGGAGUACGAGAAGAAGACGGACUCGGUCCUUUCCUGGAAAAAGAACCAGAAGCUUGGUCGCUUUGACCCUAACGCCCCCAGCCACGAACAGGCCAAGCUGGCCGGCUUCCAACGCGAGAUCGCCUCCCGCGGCAUUGCCGUCGACAAGCGGUGCAGGGUUGGCGGUGAAGACACCAAGCGGGGCACUAUCAAGUACGUGGGAGAGGUCAAGGAGAUUCCCGGCGGUCUCGGGGCCUGGGUGGGGGUUCAGCUUGACGAGCCCGUGGGUAAGAACGAUGGCAGCAUCGCUGGUACGAGGUAUUGGGGUGAGGCCUCAGAACUCAAGCAUGGCGUGUUCGUGCGGCCCGAACGGGUCGAGACUGGCAACUUCCCGGCCCUCGAUGACUUGGAGGACAUGGAGGAGAUCUAG